UAGUGAGCGCCACGCUUCGCCUCCUUCCAGGCUGCAGCUGGACUGCUCGUCACUCCCCCUCCCUGCUCCUCCAUCCUUCAUGAAGCAGAGCACCCUGCCGCCGCCCGCCGCUGUUUAAACGUGGAGGGAAGGACACGGAGAGGGACGCUCGCCGCCGACUGCGCGGCGCUAUUGUUUGUCUGGUGAAAUUUACGGCUCCGUCGACGUAUUUAGUGCAUUUUUACCUUGUUGCUGACCCGAUAGGGACGCACUGUUUGUUUCUCCUGGAGUGUGGACGACUCGACAGCUGAAAGGAUAUUAAACUGUGAAAGGAACAACCCUCCUAGUUAACAACAUCAACGUUGGCAUCCACAUCUUAGGAGGAGGGGAUGAAGCCAGAUGGGGUUACAAUGGACACGACAGAGCCCACAGAAACUGCAGCAGUAGCAGAGCCGUCUUCAUUGCAGGACAACAUAACAGAGCAAGCCCCGUCUCAACAAGAGGAAGGAGCAAAGGAUGCAGCACAAAGAGCUGCUCCAAAGGCUAAUGGCAAGUCAGGGACAACAGAACUUAAAGUCAAACCAAAGGCCACCGUAACAAAAACUCAAUCCACAACCAAAUCAGCAGGAGUGUCUGGAUCUUUCUCACGGCCAACUACUGCAUCGCACCGCACAGUGAAUGACGUAAAGUCCUCCAACAAUAUUUCUGCAGCUGCAGGAAAGAAAUUGGCGACAACCACAGCAAAAGCAUCAUUGACAGGAGCUGUACCUAAAAGACCAAUAGGUGUAGCGGGAGUUUCCACUGUAUCCAAGAGCCAAACCAGAGUGCCUGACAAGAAGUCUGUUGGACCCCCCAGGACUACAUCUGUUGGUGCUCCUUCAGCGACAAAUGGUACCAAACUAACACCUGUGAAUGGCACUACCAAGAAGAGACCAGCGACUGAGACUGUAAACGUAGCUAGAUCCAAAACCACAGCUACUACCAGUAGAACGGUGGCUUCCAGCUCUUCUAAGCCCAGCACUUCAACCACAUCUAAAGCUGUUGGUGCGACUACUUCAAAACCCACAAGGCCUGCUACAGCUGUCUCAGCAUCUCGACCUACAACCACAACAUCCAGACCCACAGCUACAACCAAACCUUCCACAACAGCCAAAACCACUGUUUCCAGAGUUAACACAGCACCAUCUACUGGCAGGUCCACAGCAGCACCUCCUCCUAGAACCACUGCUGCUAAGAAAGAUGUCAGUCGACCAGCUUCUACUACAGUGGCCAAGAAACCCACAGCAGCUACAGCAUCAGCUGCGACCAAAAAACCCGAACCUUCUAAACCCACAGCCACCGUAAAACUCAACUCUGCCCCCAAAUGGUCCACACCAACAAAGGCAGCAGAUACAAAGCUGUCACAGUCCAAACCUCAACAGCCUGCAAAACCUGCUCCCAUAAAGAAACCUCUAGCUGCUGUACGAUUCCCUGCAAAUAACAAAUUGCCCCUUGGUCAAACCCCACCUGCCUCUCCAGCCAACAAAUCUGCAAAUGGUAGUGCCUCUAAAACCAAGCGUGCUACCAAACCCACUCAGGCUGUUCCACCUUUCACUGCCGCCAAGAAGGCCGAUGUCUCAAAGACUACUGCACAGUGUGCAACUGGUACCGCGACUGUAGCUGCCACAGCGGCAGCAGUCGCCUCAACAGCGAGUCUAGCGGAAACACAAGGAAAGGCUACAGUGCCCUUACCACUGGGAUCAUUCCAUGCUGCCUCUACAUCUGAGGAGCUCUCAGCCCCUGUCUUGGCCCAGGAUACUGCACCAGAAGUGGCUCCUCAAGAGGCUUUUCAAAGCCAUGAAGCUGCACCCACUCCACAAAGCCCUGUUAGGCCAACCUCGCCUCAAACAUCUCCACCUGAGGAACUUUUAGAAAGCAGUGCUAGCUUAAUAAAAACCCAGGAGCAGAUCCCUUUCCCUGUUAAGCCUACAUUACCACCAGUGGCCUCAGUUCCAGACCACUUGGAAGGGCCUGCUCACUUAACAGAACAGACCCCUUCAACAUCUACAGCUCUCCCCUCAGAAAAUGCCAUCCUACAGAUAGUCCCACCAACCAAUCUAAACGAGGAUGAAGAUGAAGAGGAAAAGGAGGGUAGUCAGCAGGUUUCUGUGUCUGAAAUGAGUGGAACCACACAGCCCACAGAAGAGUCUCGCCCUGGGUCAGCUGGACCAGUAGGAGGCUCGGUUUGGAGAGCUAGUGGUCCCUUGCUCUCUGAGUUAGACUCUGAGGAGGUAAGUGGCAGCCAGCAGGGUGCAUCUGAACUGAGUGCCCCUGGUGUCUUGGAGGGCACAGAAAGCAUGGAUGAUCUGGGGGACGGCAGUCUCAAAGGAGCUAUUGACAUGGAAGGAGCCUCAGCAGGUUCACCUGACUUUGAGAAGGUUCCUGACAUACCAGUUAAUGACUUUGAUGAGGAUGAAGAUGAGGAUGACUAUGAUGAUGAUCGGGUGUGUGACAUGGAUGUGGGCUCAGAGCGUGCAGAUGAACCACAAAGACCCAGACAUGACAACGACGUGGAUGAUGAUGAUGAUGAUGAUGAUGAUGAUGAUGUGGAGAUGGCUAGUGAGGGGGUGACAGAGAGUGGGCUAGAAAGCUAUGGGAAUGCAGAUGAGGAUGACUUUGCAGAGGAUGAAAGGCUGGACAACUUGAACAGGGUGGUCCAGCCCCCACCUCCCCCGCCUAUGCUGCCCUCUGCCCCGGCUGCUCAGUGGGAUCAACCAAACCCUUUUGCUAAUCCCUGGGCGGAACCCAUUGAGCAAGGGCUUCACGCCAUACAAGGAGCAGGGGCGGCUGUAACAAGCCCUUUGGCAGACCCCUGGCAAGCAGAUUCCGAAACCCCAACUCAGUCCCCUGCUCAAGCCUGGCUAGAACUAGGUUCUGCUCCUUUAGUCCCCGAAAAUCAAGAAGUUCCUCAGUAUUCCUCUCUCAAAGGUGAGCCACAAAAUCUCGCUGUUCCAAUGUCCAUUGAUCAGAUCAGCCCAGCUCCAGUGCAGACCCUGACUUCAGGUGCCCCAGGAAUGUCUCUAUCAAGCACCCUAAGUAGUGAGACCAGCACACCUGAGGAACUGGGCGACUACAAUCGAGAAGGGAACCUCCAGCCACGAGCCCCUCUGGAGGGGCCACAGCCUGACCUGGCUGUUCAGUUAGACAGAGGAGAGGGAGAGGAGGAGGCUGACACCCUGCCUGCUGAUGAAGUGCUGGGAGGCCCUGCAACUGCCCCCACUUCCAACCCCUCCUCAUCCUCCGUAACAGAAGAUGAGGCCAGCGACACAGAGGGAGAAGCUCAACUGGAUGACUCCUUGGAGACUCCAGCAGUCAUCCACAUAACCUUUGACAACCAACCUUCAGCCCAGCGCUGCUUGUCAACUGUAGAAGAAGGUGAGGAGGCUGAGAUGGAGGGCACUGCAGGGGAAGACACCACUCCACCUUCAGCUACCUCUUUGGUAUCUUAUGGCUUUGACACCACGACCACAGCUUCAAAUUCAAAUGCACAGUCCACAGGGGAGAGCUGCAUCAAGAGUCCUGGCAUCUUCUCCUUGGAGGAGCUGCCUGAAGAGGCCAAGGAAUCUGGCUUCAUCUCGCCGCCUUCUGCCCUUCUUGCAGAGCAGCAGUACAUUGAGUGUGGGAAGCAGGAAGUAGAGUCAGCUGAGCAUGGCAAGGAGGAAGUGCUGGGGUCAGAGGAAGCCCCAGUUCCAUCAUCAACUCUGUGCACUUUGCAGCAACCAGAGGAAAACACAGAUGAUAUCCAGCCGCCCUACUAUUCUGCUAUCUGCGAAAAGACCGAGGACUCUUUUGCAGGCUUCACCACGAUCCCACACCCACACCGCCGCGAUCACUCGGCAUACCCCAGGGCCUACUACGACAUCGUCAAAGCACCCGGCUCUGCUGCCACCCCGCCCAGGCUGACCUGUGCCGACCUCCCGCCCCGAAGCCUCGGGCAGCAGGCACUGAGCCCUCAACUCCGCAGGCUGGAGCAGCACCAGAGACAGCUGCUGGAGCUGCAGCAGCGUAGGGAGCAGCAGAAUAGGCCCCUGGAGGAGGCGGAGCAGGAGAGGAAGAGGAGAGAGGAAGAGGAACAGAAGAAGAAGAAGGAUGAGGCAGAAGAAGAAAUAAAGCGAAAUAAACAAGAGGACGAGAGGAAGAUGAAGGAGCAGGCUGAGGUGGCAAAGAAAGAAGAGGAGGAGGAAAAAUUGAGGAAAGAUGAGGAGCUUAAGCAAAGGCAAGAUCUUGAACUGCAACUGCAGCAGCAACAAGAGGAGCUGAAGCAAAGGCAGCAAAUCAUGCAGUGGCAACAGGAGCUGCAACAGUCCAAUAAAGGCCAGACAGUUCUGCUGUCACCUUCCUCUGGCCUCUGUACGAUCUACGAAGCUCUGGAGAACAGUGAUGAAGAGGAGGCUGAAGAAGAGGGAAUAAAUGAGCUGAACCCUGUAGAAGCUAAAGAGAAGAAAGAGCCUCAGCAAGACACAUCAUACGAAGAGUUGGGCACCAACUGUGAAAUGAUGUCACAUGAAGACCAACAUCAAGACUCUUUGCUGUCUGACAGCCCCCCUCCUCUUCCAGGGUCUCCUCAGUCAUCCAGUAAUCCCUCACAGGAUGGAGACACAUCCUCCCCUUGUCCCCCUGAGUCUCCAGAGAGACCUCCACCCCUGGAACUGGACUGGGGGAAGAAAGUGGACAUCGUCCAGCAGCUGAUCAAUCAGACCUUGUUGCUGAAUCGAGACGGUUGCUCGUCUCUGAUGCUGCUGCCAGGGGGGGCAGGAGGCACACUAAGCCCCCUGGAGAGCAGCCUGUGGCCCAGCCUCCUGCCUCCACUCACCCCUCCCUCUGCCACCGUCACUUCUGUCAGUAGUUUCUCCCCAGAGGCCACGGGCAGCUCCCCACAGGGAGAGUGGACAGUGGUGGAGCUGGAGACACAUCAUUGACGGCGGCCAAACGACUGCAGAGGUGGUAUUUAUCAACAUGCACACAGGGAAAAAGACAAGUGCUGUUUACACACACAAGCAAGGGAAUUUAAUACUGGAAGAGAACUGAAACACACACACACACACACACACACACACACUCUCUCUAACUGUACUGUUUCUAUACACUUAUCUGUAUUUCUGGAGAACGGCUGUACAGACUAAAACACAUUUAGGCUCCACAGCGUGGUAAAAAGAUCACACUAUGUUAAGAUCCAUAAAAUGAUUUUAUACAUUUACUUAAUAUUUAUCACAAUUUACUAAAUCAUAAACGGUCGUUUUAAACUGUUCAAAACUGGGAAUCUUAAGAAAAAAAAAAAAACAAUACAUGAGCAGCCCAAACGUGGUUCUCAAACAAGGGAAGACUCUUAAGGGAUUACAAUAACAUAUUUAUUUUUGUUUUGAGACUGUAGACUUUAUGAAUACUGCUUUUGUUUAUGGGUUUUGUUUAAACUACUGAAUAAAUCUACGUGUCAGGGCUUAAAAAAGAUCCAAAAGCAGAGAUGUGCCUAGGAAUCAUCCCUCUCUGGUUAAACUACUUACAGUAUGUAGAGACAUUCAGCCCGUGAUGAGUCGUCUCAAGUGGAGAGCUUUAUUUUAACCAGUCCAAAAGGUUGGGGACCACAUUUCUAGGCUUAUUAGUGAAACACUGGGAUUUCUUACUACUGUGAAAAGAAGCACAACACAGAUACUAAUGCUUGGUGGUGCUAUAGUUUUAUCAAAUGCUGUUUAUUGAUGCAAAAAAGGGGUGAGGGACUUUCUUACCCCCGAGUUCAGACUGUCAGGCAAUUCUCAUUCAUUUAUCUUUAUGAACAUACAGGGAUCUGCUGGUAAAAUCAGUUUUUAAUUAGUGCAAACAAAAAUCCAGGACUCUGAUGUGUUCAGUGUUGUAGCAGUAACGCUGCUUGAGAGUCUCUGCACGGGGUGAGGAAGUCUCCGAUGCUGCCACUGAAGCUGCUGGCUAUGGUCUCUGCAGAAAUUCAAGUAGACAAAUACAAUGUGACACCACACUGAAACUCGGCACCUGUCUAACCCCACACUUGCCAUCCUACACCACCUCUAUACACACUUUACAGACUAUAACAUCCCUCUACAAUAAACCUCUAAAUCCCCAUGAUGCAGCAGUGCUACUGACUGUUCACCUGUUGUUAAUCGAAGCCAUACCUGUUUGUUCAUACUUGUUUACGUCACCUUAUUUAAACGUGAGAAUACACUGGAUGUCUUUCUAUUGAUCAGUGAUGUACGCUCACUGAUUUCUACUGUUUGAUCACAUUGCACUUACUCCAAUUCCUCAAGUAUUGUAAAUCAGAUUUGGUGAUUAUAGGAGAACUCCCUGAUCGUUGUCCAUUUUUACAUCUGACUGAUGGAAGUCAUUCUGAGAAAAUAGGGAAGAAAUGAGCGCAUUCUGAGCCGUAUGCAUCUCACAGGUCUUUACCAAAGUUUAGUAUGUGUCAUUUAAAACACUAAUGAGACUUUCUUACUACGUAUAACGUUGAUAAAAGCUGGUGCUUAAAUCUUACUGAGGGUUUAUUUUUACACAAGUACUGGUCUAAAUACUGAUUAACGUUUUAUUAGGUGCAUCAGGGACAACAGUCAGAUGAUAGCCUGUAAUUAUGUAAGUCUUACCGCCCUGGUCACAUCCAGUAAACAGACGGUAACGUUCCAGCCAACUGCAGGUAGAAACCGACACUGCUGUGAAGGUCAGAGGUCACUGUGUGAAAUGAGGAGUUUAAAAGGACGCUUUAAAAGGUCUUAUUCUGGGGAUUAAUUGUGUACUGUUUAAACUGCGAGAAGUUGUGCGUGUCUCACUAGUGGUAAAUGUUCAUAUUGGUGUUGACGUCUGGAUGCUGGUUUAAAGAUGAACGCUGUCUCUCAGAGUUUGGUUGUUCAUUUCGACUGGAGGCCACAGAAAUCUCACGACAGCUCUGACACUGAAUCAGUUUCUCGUUUGUAGUCUCUCGACUCGCUGCCUUGCCCUCCAGUGUGUAAUGGCAUAAACACUGCAUUGUGUUCAGUAACAGAAUUGAAAGCAGUGAUCCGAGUAUUAAAGAGAUUAAGGGAUCUGGCUUCCAGAAGUUUAAACUUUUUGAAGGUAUUUGCUCAUUUGUGCGCUGUGAACAUUUAGCAGCCAAGGAGCAGCUGAACCUGAACCGUCUUAAAUGUCCUUCCCACAACAAGUCUGUGUAGUGUUUUGUAAAGUAUUGUUUGUAUCUUGUUGAAAGACUUAUCACUGUAAUGAAGGGAAACUCCACUUUACUUUUGUACCUGAGAGUUUUACAAGUAUAGUAGCUGAGUUCUAUCUAGAUUUUUAUUGAAUAGGGAAUGAAGGGUGUAAAUGGUAGAUUUUAUUUUCUGUAAGUACACUGCGUUCUCUAGAUGUCCGGCUAAAAGCAUUGUUACAAGGUCAAACUGAACACAGUAGGCUGAACUCUGAGUGAACAAAUCUCCUUUGUUUCUUGGGCUCGUAGUCAUUAAAUGUGUGGUAUAUUAAUUUAUUGUAAAUGAAGUGUGGCCUGCAUGAGUGCAUCUGAACGUCUUGAUGAGCCAGUUGAAAUGAGGUGAAUUGUGUUGUAUGACUCCAGGCCCAAAUCAAGGCAGCUUGUUCUAACGUGUUUUUCUUUAUCUUCUGACAGAUGAAUCUGUGAUUGUGUGUAAUUAUUUCAAUGAAAUGUCUCAUGUAAAUAAAAAUCUUUUUUUUAAUAA